AAUAUGUAUUUAUCAUGCUAUGCAUAGCAUGUAUGCGUAGCAUAUGCCAGCAUGGAACCAAACAGAGCAGAUCCUUAACUUUAUAGGUUCUUGUAUAUGCUAGCGCGGAAGUUCAGCAUUUGUCCGUGUGAUGGAGCACCUGUAUUAUGACACACUUAGAACAUGGGCGCAAGUACUCUCAUUUUUUUUUUCGUCAUAUAAACAGAUCUCGUCGGAUUAUUAGAUCACAGUUAGGCACAAAUCUGGAAAUUUCAGUGGAGAGUUGGACUUGAGAUAAUCUUACGCAUCGGAAAAUGUUUCUGAAGUAAGACGCUUCAAUCGAUUUGUUAGGUUUUGUCAUGCAGCGCCACUUGUGUCUGCAACUUGCAAUAUGAUCAAUUUUGCAGCUGAUUCUAUCCUAUUAUAUAAAUCAACAUUUUUUAAAACAUUCUUCUGUAUCACAUGAAACUUAUUCUAAAUAAACUGAAAAAAUUUAUGAGCAGUAAUUUGAUUUACAUUCUUUGCUUUCGGUGGUAAGGAUGGCGAAGGUGGCGUUAAAUGCAAAAGUUUAACGCUAUGACCAGCGGCCAAUUUCUAAAGCAUUUACGACCGUAUGCAGAACGAUGCCCGGUGUUGUCGCCAUAUUGAUCUUUUUUGGCUUCAUUUGACAGAUGCUUGCUUUAUGUUUUUGACAGUUUUUGGUAUAGAAGUGUUCAGACUGGUAACUUUGGUUUAGAUUAGUAUAUGUAUGUGACCCUAACUAUGGCUACAUCAAACUGUACGGAUAAUAUCAAAUAUAUUUAUCAAUUGCCAUUUUUUGCACGAUCGGAGAUUUGUAAAAUACUUAAUCAAAAUGAUAAGUGGGAAGAACUUGCUGGAACAUGGAUGAAAUAUGAUGUAUUGACAAUACAGAGUUUGCGAAAAGAAAAAAAUCCAACAGAUGAAUUACUAACAAUGUGGGGUCACUAUAAUCAUACAAUAUUGGAAUUGUUUGUGCUGUUAUCUAGAAUGCAGCAUUAUCAAUCUAUGGUACCACUGAAAUCAUUUGUCGAAGAGAAAUUUCAUAAAUUACUUUAUAAUGGAGAAGGAAAUCUUCAUAGAAUACUUGGGAAACGCUUGAAUAAAAACACAAAAGAUUUGAAGAUUGGAACACAGAAUUUUAAUCAAAUUGCACCACCAGAACCAAAUCUGCCAAAGAUUAUUGUAGAGAAAAAUACUAGGGAGGAAUCCCAUAAAAUUUUAAAUCAAUCUAUGCAAGCCUUGCAUAUUGGAGUUGUUCCAAGUAAUUCUAACAACUUACUUGUUGCUUCUCUAGCAGCAGCAAAUCCUGCACUAGGUUCUUUACAACGUACUCCAACUAGUGGAAGAAAAGAUAAUGAUGCUAUCAUUUUCUCAGCAGAAGCAGCUAUACCUCAUGUUCCUUAUAAUGAACUAAGUAUAGCUACCAAUGAAUGGAACUUAUAUAAUAUAUUAGGGAGAGGUGGCUUUGGGACUGUGUAUAGAGGCACAUGGAAAAAUACAGCUGUAGCUAUUAAGAAAAUAGAAAAGAGAGGGGCAGACUCUGAUGAAAGUCAUCAACUUCAACUUCAACAAUCCUUUAGAGAAAUUAAAAUUUUAAAUUCUUAAAAGUCAACCAUUAUCUUGGAUCCAGCGUCAUGAAAUAGCUAAAGGAGCUGCAUGUGGUUUACAAUAUUUGCACACAGUCGGAGAAAAGCCCUUGAUACAUGGUGAUAUAAAGAGUGCUAAUAUUUUGCUUGAUAAAA